UGAAAUCUGCUGCUUGUCUCGAAAUUCAUCGCUGCGCUCCAGUCUUGGAAAGAGGAUCUUCUGUCGGACCAGGCCCCGUGAUGCACGAUAUCGUGCCCUCGUCCGGCGCCACGUAUGACAGCGCUGAGACAGGGUAUUCAAUCCAGAUCGAGCGCUCCUAGGUUAUCGAAACGGAAUGGCUCUGCCCCGCCGUUCCCCUCCACCUCGUUCUUGCAACUUGUCCGUGUGCUUCCGAUUUCCAAAUUUUUUUUGCAACCUGCCAGUCAUGCAACAGAAAUGACCCACAAUGACACAACCGUAAUCAUCUCCUCGUCUCUUAAACCCUUACAAACUCGGCCUUUCCUGUCACACUCCUUUUACCGUGUCACACCCUCCUCUGCAGAUGGUCUUUCUCCACUUUCUAGUCACGAAUGGCCUUGCGGAGAGAGAGAGAGAGAGAGACAGAGAAAGAGAGUGAUGUGAGUAUCAAUCGGAGUGGCAUCUGCAUUGUGUGGACAUGAGCUUUGGCUUCAAAAUAUUUUCGAUUGAACGUUUGUGAAGGUGUGUCCGCAUUAAUCGCAUCUGAACACGCGCUACAGUGAUCCCGUCGCGAUUGCUCUGUAGAGCUGCGCACAGCAGUCUGGUGGAACUGCAAAGGGAAAGAUUGCUCAUCAGCAACACUCUGGCAGCUGGUAUGAUUUUUGUGCUAUCCAGGCGGCGAGCAGCGGCUACCAGGGGAUCGCAGUGCUGCUGUGAGGAUUUCUGAGACCACAUUACUCGAAAUUUUACACCAUGAUCGAGUGAGACGCAGGACCUCAGUCGGAAUUGAUUUAUCUGCAACUAUCUUGUCGAGAGGUUAAUGUGGGAGUCCUGCCGUGGUUGCCGGAACAACACGUGAGACCUUUGAGUGGCUCGUGAGAUAUUUCGAUACUCGAGGUUUUUCAUGGUACAAGGGGCUCUGCAAGGCGGGGGGUUUCUGGCUAUACCGCUGAGAUAUACAUGCAUUUGGCAAUCUUUGAGUGUGUUUGCACUAUCCAUUGCUGCAGCUGGGAUGUCGUCAAUGACGUCGCUUAGUCUCAAUGCCGCAGGAUUGUUUACACGAUUAAGUGUCGAAGAGCGAACCCUCAGUAAAUGAAUCGGCGGAAAUGUUUGUUCUCAGCGGACGUUCUCCGUAGCAUUUCUGUAGUCGAUUUCUUAAGUUCUAAAGGUUAAAAAAAUCCAGCGUAUCAUUUAUCCCAUCCGUCGAAUCCUCAGGAGAGCUCAUGAGAGUGGUUGUGAAGCGCCAAGCCAAGUCAUGUGUAGUUUACCGUAGUCCAUCGGUGCCCCAAUACCUGUCCGGCACACGCCUGUGCUAAGGUUGAGAAUGACAGGUGGAGUGGAGAGUGCAAGGCGGUUGCGGCCGCGUUCUUGCAGCUCCAUAUCGGGCAAAUGCUUGGAUGAAGUGAGGCAGACUAGAGCAGCAGCCAAACGAUCUGCCAUGGAGGAAACCGCUUCGAAACCUGGAAGUAGUGCAGUGUACCCUAGGAAGCGAGCCGGCAUGCAGCCGGUGAGGAAGCGUGCUGCCCUGUCGAACAUCACGAAUCAACAGAGUGUUGUUCAGUGCGUGGGUCCCGGGAACGGGACGGUGGACGUGAGGGUUGUGGGAUUGAAAGCUGAUCAGGAGUGCCGAGGAGAUAAGAAUGCGCAUCCUGGAAUCCCAGCGCAAGGGGCCGGUGAAGGGAAGGGACAGGGGGCGUCGUUGGAUUGCGAAGCCGAGUGUGGUCCAAGGAGUAACUCGGAAGCGGUGGCCUCUUUGGAAAGGCGAACUGUGCAAAACCUGCACAUAUCUCAGGAGGCUAAGGAUCGGGUGAAGCAAGGGGACCUUUUCAGCGACAAGAGCUGCUCAGAAACAUCGGAGUGGUCGAGCGGGGAGCUCUGCUAUGAAGACAUCGACAAUGAUCAUUGUGACCCUCAAAUGUGCAGCAGUUACGCCACAGAUAUUUAUGAGCAUCUGCGUAUGGCUGAGAUGAAAAGGCGACCGUCGGCGAACUUCAUGGAGUCAAUUCAGCAGGACGUGAAUCCGACGAUGAGAGGGAUCCUGGUAGAUUGGCUGGUGGAGGUGCGGCAUGUUGCCGGAGAAUACAGAUUGGUUCCCGACACGCUGUACUUGGCGGUGUCGUACAUCGAUCGAUAUCUUUCUGCACAAGUGGUGACCCGACAACGGCUUCAGCUGCUGGGUGUGGCUUGCAUGCUGAUUGCUGCGAAAUACGAAGAGAUAUGCGCUCCCCAGGUGGAGGAGUUUUGCUACAUUACGGACAGCACGUACUGCCGGGAAGAGGUGUUGGAAAUGGAGAGGGGGGUGCUGAACGUGCUGAAGUUCGAGCUGACGACUCCGACGACGAAGAGUUUUCUGAGGCGGUUCGUGAGAGCGGCCCAAGCAAGCUGCAAGGGUCCGAGUCUGGUUCUGGAGUUUUUGGGGAACUACCUGGCUGAGCUGACCCUGGUGGAGUACGGAUUCUUGCCAUUCCUUCCUUCCAUGAUAGCGGCGUCUGCGGUGUAUCUAGCCAAGUUGACUCUGGACUCGUCGACAUGUCCGUGGGAUGCGACGUUGCAACACUACACGGGGUACAGGCCAUGGGAACUGGAGCGUUGUGUGCGAGCCAUGCAUGAGCUGCAGCGGAACACGAAGAGCUGUUCCCUUCCUGCCGUUCGGGAGAAGUACCGACAGCACAAGUUCAAGUGCGUGGCAACGCUGGUUCCACCCGCCGCUCUCACAGUGGAACACUUCAGGGAGCUGGAAUGAGGAGCGGUGGAUGGUAGCCCAGUCGGUCGGCGGUGCGAGUGAACGAGCGAGGAAACAGGCACGAAGAGCGCGGUCGGGGCGCAAAGCGACAAGAAAAGUGGAAUGCAAGGCUGCGGAGGCCCUGAUGAAGGAAAGCUGCGGUGGGCGCUGGCAUUGAGCUCCGUGCAGGCGUCGAACGGGAGCCCUGGAGUGGAAAGAGUGAUGAUGAGGGCGAGGCUUCCUGGUGAUUCAGUUGGGCGUAUGAUAGUGAAACCUGUGGACGCGGGCUUGGAAAGCUGUGAUUGUCGAGGGAUGACACGAUGGUUGUGGAGGGCAUGGGUAGUGCACAUGGCGCGCGAGUGCAAUCCAGGGUGAGGCAUGGCAGAUGGGUGGAUGAGUAUGGGGUCGUGCAAUUGGGCACGGGUGUGGUUGCACGGGGAACGAUGGCGUCGGGAGGGUGGUGCGGUCGUAGCACAUGAGAUGGAAAGGUCUGAUUGUAAAAGCAUGUAAACUGAUGGGGGUGCAGUUGAGGAGGGGUUUUGAAGCGGGAAACGAAGCAGCAUUCGACGUUGGAAUGAACCGGGGUGGAGUAUUGGGGGCGGCAGGCUGAGCAAAUGUUGAGGUUAGCGGUUGGAUUGGAGUGGGGGUGGGGGUGGGUGUGGGGGUGGAGGUGGGGCGCAGGUCGAGAGUUGAUGAAGGGCAUUCAUGGUGUAGGCGGCGCACUUCUUGUGUGGUGCGAGAUGAUGACAGGAAGGGUUAAGUUGGAUUGACUGUUUGUUUGAGAAGAGAGUUGUAAGAUAUAGUCAGGUCUGGUGCCCUGUCAGUGAAGGGUGUUGAAUGAGGAGGAAAUUAGUGAUGUUUAAGAAAGUAUGUUCCAUCAUUUCUCAGAGGUGAUUUUCAAAUGAGUUGAUUAUGAAGUGCUACUGUUGUGGAGAUUGCACCUUGGUUUAGGACAUGUGCCUAUUUGAUACAAAUUAGAACGUUAAUGUCAGCUUGUUCUGUGUUUGUGUGCUA